UAUAAGUUGUGAAAGCUUUUAUUCGGCCAAGAAUGGCUUAGCAUCUACAAAAAAUCAACACAACAUUAUUCUCUUAAAACAUUCCAACAAAAGAAGAACCUGAACAAGGUGACCCACCACCACAACAACCACUACCAUCACCUCCUCCUCCACCACCCACCAGUCACCGGACAAGAGGAAACCAAUUCAUGCCCUAUAUUUAAAACCAGAAUCCUUAAGAGACUAGAUCUACACUAAACAUUUCACUUAUAUAUGCACUCUAUCUAUGUGUGUGUAUAGAUAAACCUUCUUUAGUUCACCACUUGUGCGUUUCUUGGGGAGAGAGAAAGAGUUGCAAGGAUGGGAAGAGGAAAAAUGGAGUUGAAGAGGAUAGAGAACAAGAUCAACAGGCAAGUAACUUUUGCAAAGAGAAGGAAUGGUCUGCUUAAGAAAGCUUAUGAGCUUUCUGUGCUUUGUGAUGCUGAGAUUGCUCUUCUCAUUUUCUCUAACCGUGGCAAGCUCUACGAGUUUUGCAGCAGUCCUAGUGGUAUGACCAAGACGGUUGAGAAGUAUAGAAAACACAUUUAUGCAACUAUGGAUCCAAAUCAAUCAGCUAAAGACUUGCAGGAGAAGUACCAAGACUACUUGAUGCUCAAAUCAAAAGUUGAAAGCCUUCAACAUUCACAAAGGCAUUUGCUAGGUGAGGAGAUAGCUGGGAUGGGAGUGAAUGAGCUUGAGCAGCUAGAACACCAAGUAGAUGCAUCACUAAAGCAGAUAAGGUCAAGAAAGACCGGGGCGAUGCUUGAUCAACUAUCAGACCUCAAAACAAAGGAGGAAAUGUUAUUGGAGACCAACAGAGAUCUUAGGAGAAAGUUGGAGGAAAGUGAUGCAGCCCUUACUCAAUCGAUGUGGGGAGCUGCUUCUGCUGGAGAACAUUCCCACCAACAACAACAGCAAUAUCACCAACAACAAGGCAUGAGCUCUUAUCAAGCAAACCCUCCGAGUCAAGAAAAUGGUUUCUUCAGGCCUUUACACGGCAAUGUAGCAUUGCAGAUGAGUCAUUACAAUCCUGGUGUGACAAAUGCAAGCAACUCAGCAACAACAUCACAGAAUGUUAUUAAUGGAUUUUUCCCUGGAUGGAUGCUCUGAACAAAAUGAUACAUAUAUAUGUAUACAUAUGUGUGUUUUAUAGAUCAGAGAUCAUUGCUUGUGUCAUUUGGUUUUUGCAAGAGAAACAUAGUUCAUGAUUCACAAACUCAGUUAUAUAUAAUCAAGGGCUGUAAGGUCACACUCCAGAUUAUUAUAA